ACCGUGACGGAGAUACACGCACGCGUCGCAGCCUGUGCCCCGGCGUUUUCGAUUCCAAUUUUAUUCACGCCUGUCUUCUUCAACAACAGCCAGCAGAACAUGACACUAUAACACAUGUGUUGGAUGGAUACAGACGCGCUUAAUAAGAAGCUCUGAGGGCAGCAAUACCUCGGAUGGUGGGGGGCCCUGUCUGCGCGCCACUCAAGACAGGAUGGCAGACGUCAUUUCAGAGGUCGAGUCGCGCAUCUUUGAGCUGGGGAAGACGCUGAGAUGCCCCAUCUGCCUGAACAUCAUGGACCAGCCGGCGCGGCUGCCCUGCCUCCACUACUUCUGCUGGGGCUGCAUCACGCACAACGUGAAGCCGCGCGGGGAGGUGGUGUGCCCGGUGUGCAGGGCCCGCAGCAACCGGCGUGACAUCCAGGAGGACAGCCUGCUGGCCACGUUCACGCAGCGCUACGGGCAGAUUGAGGCGGCGCUGGGUAAGCCGCUGCACCUGUCGCAACUGCCACCCCUUGAGCCGCUGGAGCCCGCGCCGGCGGCGACGGCGGCGGAGCGGCUGCAGCAGGUGCAAGCAGCGGCAGUAGAAGCACAAGUUGAGGGCCGAAAGGGUAAGCAGCGGAAGCGUGAGAAGCAGCAGCAAGAGCAACGAGGACAGCAGGAUGAUGGUGGGGUGGAGGAGCCGUGCGAGGGUAAGCAGCCGCAGGAGGACAAGGCACAACAACAGGGGCAGGAGAAGGCGGAGGAGAAGGGAGGCAAAGGGGCGAAGACCGGGCCGAGCCAGGCAGGGCGCGGCGGCGGGAAGCGUGCGAAGGCCGCGGCAGAUGAGGCCAGGAGUGGCGGCCAGCAAGGCAGGCAGGGCCGCGCAGCUGCUCUGACUGACAAGGGCUACAUGGAUGAAGCGCCAGGGCAGCAGGAGCAGCAGCAUGCGCCGAGGUCAACUGCUGCUGCCGCGGUGGCGGUGGCUGCGGCGGUGGCAGACGGGGCGGCUCUUGCAACGGGUGGGCGCCUAUUCGGUUUCCUGGACCCGACCGGGGAGGAUCGGAGCCCGGAGGACACUCGCACGACGGCGCUCACGGCCGGCGGCGAUGGCGAGGGCCCAGGCUCCGUGCACGGCGGCCGCGGGGCCGCUGGAGCUGGUGCUUGUAGUGGCAAGGGCAUGGGCGGCGCCAAGCCGCCAAAACUUGACGAGCUUUGGCAGAGCCUCAUUGCGUCACAGCACCAGGCGCCUGCGGCAGAGGGCGGUGACGGCAGGCAGGCCGCCGUUGGUGGCGCCGUCCCCGCGACUGCGGCUGGCGCCACAAAUGCCAUCGCGGGCGGGUCAGGCCCGGCGGGUGCAGCGGCGCCAGCAGCGACAGCGGCCAGGGCCGCCCCCGCUGCAGCGGCUGCGCUGGCGCCAGGACAGACGCCGGCGCCAGCGGGCGGGCUGCUGCGAGUGCUGCGCGGCUCCGCCGCCGUCACAUCACCCGCGGCGCCUGGGGGUCACGCCGACGCUGCCACAACCGCGGCGGCCGAGGCUGCUGGGGCGGAGGCGUUGGCCACUGGCACGACCACUGGUGGUGGUGCUGCGACGUCAGGUGCUGCUGCCACUGGUGGCGAGCGGGGUUCUGGAGGCGACGGCGGUUGUGGACGGCGUGUGCCCAGCCGGCUGCAGCCAUGGGCGUGUGGCGCGUGCACGUUCGAGAACAUGGCGGGCGCCAAGAAGUGCCGCAUGUGCCGAACGCUCAAGGCGCCAACUGCCAGCAAGGCCGGCCCGGCAACUGCCGUGUCGCCUGUUCAGCCACAGUCAGCUGCAGCAGGCGACGUUGCCAAGGGCUGCGCAGGUGCGCCCUCGAGCACAGCCCCCGAGCCAACGUCUGGCAAGCGGCCCGCAGCGGCAGCGGUAGCUGCGACGACUGGCGCAGGUGCAGACGCGGGCGGAACCAACGCGGCUGUGGCCGUGCCGACAUCUGGCGAGCCGGAGCCGAAGCGGAAAAGGACUGCGGCGAAGGCUGGCGGUGGCGCGAAGACAGGGGCUGGAAACGGGGCGGGGGCGGCGCCCAGGCGUGCGUCUGUGCCCAGCCGCGCCGCGCCACGUGAAGGAGAACGCACUGAGCCGGGUGGGGAGGAGGGCGCGGCGGCUGGAAAGGAGAACGAGCAGCCAGACAGGCCGAACGCGGAAGUCCGGACAGGACAGCCUGCCACUGCCGCUAGCGCAGAUGUAAGCGGGGAUGCCGGCGGCAAGCGUCGCCGCGCCAGUGCGCCGGCCACGUCUGGUCGGACAGGUAAUGCGGCAGCAACAGCAACGGACGCGGCAGCGCCUGAGGUGGCGCUCACCGCCGGUGCUCUGACUGCAGCUGAAGCGGCGGCGACGGGUGGUGCUGCUGGCGCUGGGCCCGGACCGCUUACGGACACCGCGGCCGAUAGGCGGCGCAAGAGCGUGCCUGCGCCAAACAACAGCGCUACAGCCAACGGCGGCGUGUGCAUGGUGACGCCGCGGCCGCCGCUGCCCGCGGCGGCAGGGGUGGCAGGUGGGCGGAAGAGCGGCGCUGCCGCCGGGGCUGCUCCUACGGGCGGUGGCACCAAUCGGAAGAAGCCGCGCGUGUCACCGGCGGCGGCGGGCCGCGAUGCGGCAACGACGUCACCGCCUGGCCACGCGGCGGCAGGGACCGGCGAUGCCACGCAGCAGCAGGCGACGCAGAGCGCGCACCGCGGUGGCGGCACCGGUGCUGCCGCGGCUGCAGGUAGUACCGGCGGCCGCUGGCCGGCGCCCUGCCCGGGCUGGGUGCUCCUGGGCUCAGGCCUGGAAGAGGGUCCGAGCGGCAAGGGCAUGGUUCGGAAGCUGGCAGCAGCUGCGGGGGCCAAGGUGGUGGAUGCUGUGGGGCCCGCCGUGACGCACGUACUGUGCGGGACGGACAGCUCGCGCCGCGCACGCCGUACCUUCAAGUACCUCAUGGGUGUUGCCAACGGCUGCUGGGUGCUGGACGUGGGCUGGGCAGCGGCGUGCCUGUCUGCGGGUGCGCAUGUGCUCGAAGCCGACUGGCAAGUGGUGGGCGACCAGGGCGGUGGUGCCUGCGGCGCACCCGAGGCGAGGCGGAGGCGGUUGAUCCGGCAACAGCAGCAGCAGCCGCAGCAGCAACAGCAGCAGGAGAUGGAGCAGCAUCAGAGCGACGCUGGGCAGGACCCGGAGGCGGCCGCUGCAGGGCCCUCAGCAGCGGAAGCAGCCUGCUGUGACACGCUACUGCACAACACGCGUGUCUACCUGCAAGUCUCGCCGGCUGCUCGGGAGGAGGUGUCGGCACUGGUUCGGGCGCUGGGCGCGACCCAACUCAACAAGCUGCCCACAACGUCCAUAACCGGGGCCGCAAGCGCAGCCCCAGGGGCCGAGGCCACGGGGGUGUUGCCGGAUCCCCUCAUCCUGGUGGAUCCUGACGCCGCCGCGACGGCGGCGCGCGGUGGCGGCGGCGCGGCCGCGCGGCAAUUCAGUGCCCUGUCGGCGGCAGCGGCGGCGCUGGGGGGAGUGCCGCUCGUGUCGUACAGGUGGCUGCACGACAGCGCGGGCGGCUACAGCCUGAUGCCGCUGGCAAGUUACAUCGUGUCGGCACAGCGGCAGUAGCAGUAGCUUUAGGUUGUGCGGCACCGGAGUCCUGUGUGAGCAGAUGUUUAAUGCUUGAGAAAGAAUGCACGCCGUUUUGCUGGCGCCAAGGUGAAGGUGAUGCAAAGGCGCUGGUUGGACAUGGGGCUCCAUGUCAUCUACAGGCACGGUAUUGCUGAUGCUGCCAAUGGUGUAGACUACUCAAAAGCUAGUGUAGGUUUCAUAUCCGCACUUGGACAACCCACACGUUGACCUCGCGUCACCUCUCUGCCUCCGUAGCGUGCUCUUUCCGCACCUCUCACAAGCCUUACGACAGCCUACCUCGCUAACCGCGAUGGAGGGUUGUGUGGCAUGGUGGAUGUUGCUUUCUGGGCCCUGCGAUUCGGUGGGACUAUGGUGGGGUUAUGCUUAGCUUCGACUCGCGGUGCGCAGUGCCCUCGACUGAAUGAAUGGGUUUACCUGUGCCCACACGCACGGGAGUAGGGUGCACGACCACCACACGUCCAGUAGGAGGUCUCCUGACGCCCGUUGCCUAAGGCACAACUGCCAGACGCUCAUCUAGGCAUCUACUGGGCCGGGAUAGCUAAGGCGCAAGAGCACCGCAUGCCAAGUGACCAUAAUAAUCGUGCUCGUGCGGGUUCGUGAGGGACACGCUUGGACUGUGCUGCUCAUGUGCAGCGAGUGCGGGGCGCCCUGAUUGCGCUGCAUUGGCUGCCCGUGCCACGCUGUCUAACUUACCUAGCUAGGCAACAUCCACGCUCUCCUUGUGGUUUGCGGCGGCGCUGCAUGUUGAGGAUGUU